CUGACGCAACUAUUUCUUUCUUAUAAUAUUGCAGGCGACGCCGUGAGUGUUAGUCACCGUUUCUACAGACAGCAUGACAGACACCUGGAUACGUCGAAGUGCAAGAUCUUUCAACACAACACCGGAGUGCACAGUCAAUCUUUACAAAUCAGUGUGCCAAGGAAAUGUUGGGAAAUGCAAGAAAUGGCUCAGAAAGGGAGCAGAUCCGCGUCAGAUUUGCACAAGAGAAAUGCUGAAAAACCCCGAUAUUGUUCUAGUUGCAAUGAAUUCCCUACAAGCAGCUGUCUGGAAUAGACAAGCUGAAGCUCUCAAAGAGAUGAUCACGUGGUUGCAGAACCUUUCAAUGGAGACGGACGUGAAAUUAGACUUGAACGCCUCUGACAUGAACACAGGGAAAUACACUCUCCUGGAAUUGGCAGUUCUGGUGAACAACGUGGACGUAGUACGAGUUUUAGUCGAAGCUGGAAUGAAUCCAUCUGAAGUCUUACCAUUUGCAAGAUGCAAGAGAUCAGUCGACAUUAUUGCGUUGCUGGAAGGCAGAGCAGAGUCAAGUCAUCAUGCAUGAGGAAGCUUUGCAACAAACGGGUUAAAUAAUUAAUUAAUGAACAAUCUAUUGGCGCUUGACUUCAGACGUCUGGACUCAUUGGCAGACAAUAAUUAAUUUAGUGUAUAUGUUUGUUGAAUUUGAUUAUCAAUUGCAAAUGCUUUGAAAAUUUAUACAUGGAUAUUAAGCUUUUGUAAUUAGGGAAAUCUUGUCCUUUUGAUAAUUAUUUAUAA